GAAGUGGAAAAUCAUGGCGUCGGAAACUCCAUUUUCCUUUCACUGCAUUAUAUGCUUCGAGGAGUUCCAUCCCGACGUCCGAUACCCCGUUGUUCUUCCGUGCGGACAUACGUACGUGUGCAACCUAUGUGCAAAUCGCUUGGAGAAGUGCAUGGAAUGCCGUACCCCGCUGCAUGCGAUGACUCCGCGCACUCUCCCAUCAGAGUCCGUUACUCAUCGUCGAGUGUUGGGGGCGCCUGCCACAGCGCGCUCGCCAUGGGCCAGCGCACGGGCGGGACGUGCGGCCCCAUCAGAACUCUUCCAACAAGACCAUCCUGCUCAUCCUCCAACGGCAAAAUCGCGAUUGCCCCUGCCCAGAAAUGUAGUUCUAUUGUCUCUGAUUGAGGCAACCGAGCUCGCUACGCAGGAUAUUCGCAAAAAGCACAGCAACUCUAUGCAGUCAAAAAACUCUCGCGACGCGAAUUCCUUCGAAUCGGCAGAUUCGAAGGAUGAAGAGGAAAAGAUCAGACUGUCAACGUCCUUGGCUACGGGCGACUCGGGAACUUAUGCGGUAGCGCUCCGCGAAGGGCUCGAGAUAUACCCAUCUCGUCCGCCUACCAAAGAUAUGGAUGGCUCCAGCCCCAACGUGCCGGAUGAAGACGUCGAGACGCUAGUUCGCUUCUUCCACAUGGAUCAGAAUGCAAAAGCCAGUGAAGAGUGUACACCCCUUCCCGCUGCCCGUUUGAGUUACGGCGACAGAGUCCAGAUUGUUUCGGUAAAUGCGGGCUGGGCAAAAUUGGCACGUGGCUAUGGCUUUAUAAAAUCCGACAAAAAUCUAGUAAAAGUUGGUGGUUGCGUUGACAAGGCUUGCAAGCUGGAAGCAAUGCUUCGUACUCUCUCCAGACGCCGUAAAGAAUUACGGAGGGAGCAAAGUCAAGUUGAUAACCAGUUCAUUACGAUAAUGAGUGACCUUCAAGCUUCGCUUCAGAACACUGAGGACCUCACAGUCAUUUGUGCAGAUGCAUUCGCGGUUCCAGAGACAAAGGUGAAUAAGAAAGUCGGUUCCGCUGAUGAAAUACCAGCUACGCCUGCUGAGCGACUCAUUGAGGAAAACAUUCCGGCGGAUGAAUUCCACAAGCCUUCAGCGCUUCCUCAAAAUCCAACACGUCCAUCGCGAGGUGGACUCAUGUGCUUUGCCAGCGAGGUAUUCGAUCAGGAUAACACGGAAGGGGGAUCGAUGUUUUCUGUGUCACCGUCUCUUUCCAGCAAUUCCGUACUCGGAAGCUUUCUCUGGUCCGAGUCUGUAGACUCAUCAUCUCGCCGCAGUUUUCCGGCUGCUUCAUAUCCUUCGCCUAGCCAAUUGCGGGCCGGCGCCAGGGCGUGGCGAGAGCUUCAUGGCCGUGAGCCUAGCAGCGCCGUGGAUUUUCGAACUGGUCUGAGUGGCCACACGGCAUUGCUGAGUUCACAUGCUGGGUCCCACGACUAUUAUGAUCCACCACGAACAACGCCCUCGCGAGGACUUCCCAAAAUGAGCAGCCAUAUGGGGUUAUCCGUCGGAUAUCCUCGACGAGGUCGUCCAGCUCGCACAAUCCUUGACAGAGGCACGGGGACCACCCCCGGGGAUAGGGAGGCUCUCACCAACACUGGUUCCGUUUAG